AUGCAGUGUGGAGGCCCACGGCCAGCAAGGUGCCCGGUCAAGGUGCCCGGUCAAGCCACGUCCCGCCAAGCCGGCAAUCCCAGCCGCCUGAAUGCAUUCCUCGCUGACGCUAGGCAUCCAGAUCCAAAUCCAACUUGUGCCAUUGGCAAGAGAAGAAAGCACGAAAGCCUGGAGCGGGGAGGAGGGACGUUCACAUCGCUCCAAGCUACUGACUGGUUCCCUUUCUCCGGAAUAUUAAAUCCUGAACAUGACGCUGACAUGGAGGAAAUACUCAAGAUUCUCGAGUCGUCUGACAUCGAUUGUGACAGCAGUGAUGGCGACGACCCCGAUUGGCAGCUACAUGCUCCAGAUGCAAACAGCAGUGAUGAUGAAGGAGAAAACGAGGAAGCCACCCCGGUUCCUUCAACGUUAAAAGGGUUCUUUCCCCCGCCUUCAUCGUUAAGUGCGACAUUGAAGAAAAAGACCAGAAACGUUUCAUGGAAAGACCUUCACUGAAAA